ACUGCACCAACCUCGCGCAUUUGCUUCACCACCACAAAGUAAGCCCACAUACACCUUACCAGUCGUGCUCACACUUCAAUCGCUCGCUCCUCGCUCCUUAAUUUCAUUCUCACCCAUCACACGCCUUUCCAAUCAGAGUUUCUAGUUUUGCAGUUUCGCAGCUUCCUAGUCCGAGCUCAGCCCAUAGCUCCUUCCUGCGCGCAACCGAAGCGCAAUCGACUUUUCGCACUGUAUACGACUUAAUUGAUCCAUGGCGGAUAUCGAGCAGCAGACUCCGAUCGAGGGGACGCCGGCUGAGGAUGUGGAGAUGGAGGGCGGUGAUGCGGGGGCUGGUGCGGGCGACGAAGCUGGGCUGACUGAGAUGGAGCCCGAGGCGCCAAAGCUGGUGCUGUUCGCCGACUUGAUGAAGAGCCCCAUUGUCGAAGUCGUCGUGGGAACCGGAGCCGAGCGAACCACAUACUCAGCGCACGAAGCAGUCCUCAUCCGGGCUCCAGAAUUCGCAAGGCAGAUAGAGCGUUUCGCGCCGGGAGGACCCCGUCAAGUCGUCAUGACCGGCAUCGACGUCGACGCCAUGGGCUCCGUCAUCGAAUACCUCUACACGGGCGAAUACUUCCCCAAGAAGAUAUCCUCCGCGCGCGACGCUCCGCUCGAGAAAGACCCGCGCCAGCCGACUUCUGACGACGAAGGUCUCGGCCUCCUCGUGCACGCCCGCAUCUACACGCUCGCCGACCGCCUGCAACUCCCCGACCUCAAAUCCCUCGCCCACUCCAAGAUCCACCGCACGGCAUCGACCGCAAAAGGCGAGCUCGCCUAUGCGCGCUACGUCUACAAGGAGAGCAACCCCGAGGACACUACCAUCCGCAAGCCCGUCGCUGCCUUCUGGGCUACCCGGAGCUUCUCGCUGCGCCACGAGGCCGAGCCAGAGUUCAAGGCCAUGUGUCUCGAGUUCCCGCAGUUCUCGUACGAUGUGCUGCAGCUGGUGCUUGAUCAGCAGGAGAAGAGCCGGCGCGGUGGUGGUGGUGGCGGCGACCAUGGUGAGGGACACAGGGGGCCUACCGUGGUGCCGGGGAGCAGCAGGAAGAGGGCAAGAGUGAGUCAGGUAUAGC